AUGGCGGACGCCGCGCUCUGGUACUGGCCCCUGGACACCGCCGGGGGAAGCGUCAACUUCAUCAUGCUCCUCAACUGGACCGUCAUGAUCCUCUACAACUACUUCAGCGCCAUGUUUGCCGGCCCGGGGUACGUCCCGCUGGGCUGGACGCCGGAAAAAUCUCAGGAUUGCAUGUAUCUCCAAUACUGUAAAGUGUGUCAGUCAUAUAAGGCACCACGUUCACACCACUGUCGAAAGUGUAACAGAUGUGUCAUGAAGAUGGAUCACCAUUGCCCUUGGAUCAACAACUGCUGUGGAUACCAGAAUCAUGCAUCUUUCACUCUGUUCCUCCUCCUAGCUCCCCUGGGAUGCAUUCACGCUUCUUUCAUAUUUAUUAUGACUAUGUACACUCAGCUUUAUAACAGAAUAUCUUUUGGGUGGAGUUCUGUAAAGAUUGACAUGAGUGCAGCCAAAAGAGACCCUCGACCCAUUAUUCCCUUUGGACUCUCUGCAUUUGCUGCAUCUUUAUUUGCUUUAGGACUGGCAUUAGGAACAACUAUUGCUGUUGGUAUGCUGUUUAUUAUUCAGAUGAAAGUAAUUUUGACAAAUAAAACUUCAAUCGAGUCCUGGAUUGAAGAAAAGGCCAAAGACAGAAUCCAGUACUACCAAACAGGUGAGACCUUUAUUUUUCCCUAUGACAUGGGAAGCAAAUGGAAGAACUUCAAGCAAGUGUUUACAUGGUCUGGGAUUCCUGAGGGAGAUGGCCUGGACUGGCCAGUAAGAGAUGGCUGUCAUCAAUACAGUUUGACGAUAGAGCAACUGAAACAGAAAGCAGACAAGCGAGUAAGAAGUGUGCGGUAUCGAGCAGUAGAAGAUUACAGUGGGAUCUGCUGCCCUGUGACUAAAGGCGUGAAAACGUUCUUCACAACACCGUGCACUGAAGAACCUAGAAUUGCACUGAGUAAAGGGGAUCUGAUCUUAGCCACAAGAGGCUUAAAACACUGGAUGUAUGGUGAGAAGAUUCUUGACUCAGCUGCUGAUGGUGGAAUAAGAGAACGAGGCUGGUUCCCUAGGAAGUGUGUGGAAAAAUACCAAUAUGACUCUGAAACGGAUCAACCAGUGGAUGGAGAGAAGAAAAACAGAUAGCCUUCUCAUUUUAAAAUAAGAAAUGGAAUUUUUACUUCAGACCACAAUCCUUUACUUGAAAUUUUUUGUGUAUUACUUUAGAUUUAUUCAAUGAAUAUGUUAGGACAAGGUUUUCUUUUUCU